UCGCUAUACAGAGGUUACUGAAGGAGAGGUCAGGGCGACGUAGCUUUAUAAUGCCCCCCACCUCCUUCUUGUGCCCACCUUCUACUUAAAAGUUCUGUCUAUUCAGCACACUGGCUGAGUCGUGUUACUUAAUUGCUUCAGCUCUUCCUUCGCCGGCUGUUCACUCUAGUCAUACCACUACAACCAUCACCACGAUCAAAAUAACGCUGUUAAAUAAUUUGCACACACGCAUAAACUUUUUAUUUUUACCAUCUUUUUUGUGGAUAUAACAUACUUUUUGUCCAUAAACGCAUUCGUGACUAUAAACUAUUCUUUUUCUGAUUGCAAUUAUAUUGUAAUAUUUUGAGCGGGAUAAGAAUUUUGAUCUCCAUUUUCUACUGCUGUUAAAUAUAUUUUGAAUGACCACAAAGCAACAUGUCUGCAAUGAAUGGAACUGAAUAUAAACUGAAAUCAAAAAAUCAUCCUCGUCGCAGUGCUGAAGCCCAAGCAUACGCUUUAAGAGUCCGUGAUGGAACUGGAAAUUUAUUUGGUACCAGCAACACACAGAAUGGUGAUGCUUCUCCUAGAGGUGGCGUACGUCUCCGAACAGCAGAAGCUAAACGCAAUUAUGACCUUAAUAAAGGAUGCAUGGCUGAAGUAAUGGGUGGUGGAUUGAGCAGUUCUGAAAACCAGCCUCCAGUAGUUAAUCAAAGUGAAAGUUUUCGUACAGCUGAAAGCAACAAAGGUGAAGCUAUGCGUAACCUAAUGGAUAAAUAUGGAGAGUUAGAUAUCAUUGAUCGUCCCAUACCAAAGCUGAAAGGCGAAGAUGCUCAACAUUAUGCUGACCGAAACCAUGGCACUGUGGAUAUUUUGUUCCACAACUAUGGCAACAAUGAAAAUAUUCCAAAUCCUCCUGUCGCACAGCGAUUGGGUCAAGGGGCUCUUGAAAAUGCCAAGAAAAGUCUUGGUGCAGAGAUGGGACCUUUGUUACGUAUGGAAGGUGAAAAGCCAGUUGCCAAUGUAAAAUAUAGCCGUCUUCACCAAGAGUCCAAGAAUGCCUCCUAUCGAUGGAAUCGUCAUCGUAAAGGGCUAAGUUGGGACGAAAUCCCUCCUUCCACACGACUCCGCCCUGAAGGAGAACAGAUUGUAGCCCGCUACAACAACGGUGCCAUGAAGGAGAUAAUGGGAAUGAAUGAAAAUAACACAAACCACAGUGGUACCAAUAGUGAACACAGGUCAUCUCCAAAGGUGAACGGGCAACCACACUAUGAGCGUAAUGGAAAUUUCUUGAAUGGUUAUUCCUGUGGCCAUACCCGUGGGCAUGUGUCUCCAACUCGCACCAAACCUGAAGCAAUAGAAUACCACAACAAAAACAAGCAUUCUGAAGUUGGCGCUAUCAUCAGAGGAGAGCCUUUGCCUGCCACACCCAGUGGCAGGAAAAUUACGAACAGAAAUCUGGUUCGCUCUGAAGAGUGGUGAUACCUUUUCUGCCAGCAUUUUUAAUUGUGAAAUCAUCAAGGAGAUUGGCUUGUGAAAUUUGACUAUUUCGCGAAACAUUUUUUUCAUUUUUAUUAAUGGGGACAUUUUAGGUGUAUAACACCAAGUAAAGGUUGGAAGGUUUAGGGGUGUGUAUAUAGAUCUAUGUGUAUAUGCAUGUGUAUACAUGCAUAAAUUUGUAUGUAUUUCUGUAUGUAUAUGCAUAGAGAUGUAUGUAUGCCUGUAUGUUUUUGCCUAGAUAUGUAUGAAUGUGUAUAUAUGCAUAGAUAUGUUUUUAUAUAUGUAUGUUAUACGUGUAGUUAUGUGUAUAUGUAUAUCUGCAUGUGUGUAUAUGCAUAGAUAUGUGUUUUUGGAUGUAUGUGCAUAUAUAUGCAUCAGUGUGUGUGUAUAGUAUGCCAGUGUACUGUGUAUGUAUUUGUUCAAGGUUUGCUUUAAUUCUUGUAAAAGAAAAAAAGCUUUAAGUACAUUUGUACAGUAAAACAAACAAUGUUGCAUAUACUUACAUACUCAUAACAAAUUCCACAAUGUAUACAUAAAAAAAUUGCACACAAAAAAUAGUUUAAGUGAUGAAGUAAACAAAAAGAAUAACAUAACAAAAUUACAUGUUUUUAGUAAAAUAAAACUCAGAAGUGAGUUCCAAUGAUUAAUUAAUUUUUCUCUGAUACAAAACCUUCAUCACCACAAAGAUUUAGACAAGUGACAGCCUGUUUAUAGACAAGUAUGGUUGAGAUCUUUGCUGUCUUAAAAAGUUUUUUGAUAAAUUGAGAAGUUCUCUUGUUCACACUGAACACAGCUAUUAUUCAUUGUUGCAGAUGGGGGGAACUGUUAACCAGUUUUCCUUCAAGAAAACCCCUUCAUCACUGAAGAUUUAAAUGAUGGCCAAGUUGCAAAAGGGCUUCAGUAUGUGUACAUAGGGGCACGUUUUUAUUUAAAAUUUUUUUUGUUAAAUCAACAAGUAUUCUUGAUGGUCAAACUGAACUCCUUCAUGUUCGAUACAAUGUUGUGGAUGAGGGUUUUAUGAUUAAAUAUUUGCAUCAUAUGGCUUCACAUUAAAAUAUAGACUUAUAUACUAAUUAUGUUAUAUUAACGUAAAUGAUUUUAGAAUUGUAUCAACCUACCAGAUUGGAACAAGAAAGGGAAACUAAGCCCUCCUCAACAGGGCUCAAUCCAGGUAUCAUUCACUUGCUUGUCAGGCAACUAUAUUACUGAUUGCAUCAUACAGUGCUAGUAUUCUUCUAACUAGAUACUAUCACUUGUUUCUGCUAUUUUAACUCUAUCAUUUUUGUUUCCACAAUAUUAUAGUUCCUUAUUUAGCACUAGCAGUAGAAGCUAUUCUUCUAUAUGCCUCAAAUAGCAAAGAGACUGGCUUUGAUUCAAUGUUUACAAUGAUAGACAACCUUAUAAAUACAAAUGCUCUGUAGGAGAAAUGGUAAUAUAGUUACUUUGCAAAGUGGUAGAUGUCUGGUUAUCCAUUUUCCUGUCUCAAGAUUGGUGCCUGUAAAUAUAUUCUAACCCUAGGCUUGGUUUUAGAAGAAUAUUUAUUUUUUAAAUACAAGAAUAACAUUUAUAUUAAUUCAUAUUGUUGAUUCUAAAAAAUAAAUAAGUAUUAAUUCACAAUAGAAUAAGUUAGAUCAGAAUUACAAUCAUUGCUUAAUCUCUGUAAGGUGGUGAGAUGGCCAAAUUGUUAGCACAGUGGGCCUAACAUUCUGAAUUCAAAUUCAGCUGAGGUCAACUUUGCCUUUCGUCAUUUCAGGGUCAAUUAAAUAAGUACUAGAUGAGCACUGGGGUUGAUGUAAUUGGCUAUCCCACUUCCUAUAAAAAUUACUGGCCUUGUACCAAAAUUAGAAAGAAUUAUGUUUAACCUGUGUGUGUGUGUUGUGUAUGAUUAAAAUUGUGGUGAAAAAGUAAGAAAAGUUCAUGUUUGUUUAUAUUGGAAUGUCGAGUGAAAAAUAAACUUCUUUUUCUCUUGAUUACAUUUUUUAAAAAUCUCACAAAAAAAAAAGACUCAAAAAACAAAGAAACCCUCAAAGAGAAACUGAAGGCUGUUCUCCAAAAAUAAAUUCUUUAUAUAAAAGGUUCAUGUUUUUAUAAUUGCAUUGAGAAUCAAAGCUAGCAAGAUGGUUAUUUUUUUUUUUUUUUUUUCAUUCACCAACCACCCUUCUGUUUAGUGUGAGGAUAUGUUUGUCUAUUUACAUAUAUAUAUAUUAACUUCACUUUAAACUUAUAUAUGUAUAUUUUUGACUCUUGAAAUGUCCAUUUAUAGAUGUAUAAUUAUAAGUACUAGAAUAUUUUUUAUACAUAUAUAUUUUGUGUUAUUUCAUUUACAUCUACACCUUCUUAUACAUGUCAUUAGAUUCCAUUAACUAGGAGUAUUAUUUAUAUAUAUAUAUAUAUAUAUACACACACAGCAUAAAGGCGGUGCUCCAGCAUGGCCACAGUCAGGUGACUGAAACAAGUAAAAGAGUAUAUAUUUUAAAUUAAGAAAUAAGUCACUUAGAUAUUACGUUCGUAUCUUAUAAGAUUUUCAAUAUUAUUUCCGGUUUGCACAGUGGUGAGUUGACAGAAUGGUUAGCAUGCUAUUCAAAAUGCUACCUGUCUUUACAUUCUGCCAAGGUCAACUUAGCCUGGGGGCUGUUAUAUUUAACUUCUCCCUCCCCCGAAAUUGCUGGCCUUGUGCCAAAAUUUGAAGCCAAUAUCAUUUCCAGUCUUUUAUACUGUUUCUCUAUAUCACUUUUUUUAAAAACUUUUUUUGAAGAAAACAAUAGGUUAAGGGUUAGUAUUCAAGAUUUGAUGCUAAACUAAAGUUUCUUAAGCUGCUUUACUGAAUAAUUCUACAUGGUUGGCACCUGUAGUACAGAAAAGACCAUUUCGGUCAUCGAUCUAGAUACUAGAUGAAGAAGUGAUGAUGAACAUAACUAUAGGAUACCAUGCUGGAAGAGUAAAUUUAUAGUGAAUUUUAUCUUCUCCUUCCCUCUUAUAUAUUUGGAGAUGACUGGAUGAAGGGUCUUAAUUUGUCUGACAAGUUGCCAUCAUUAAAUUUCGUUCAAGAAUAAGCUUUUUUUCCUGAUAUGUCAAGCCCUUUUUAUAAAAAACAUUUUAUGAAAUAACAGUUUUUAUUCUACUCUAAUGACGUGUAGUGUUGUUCUGUAUUGUUGCUUGGCCUUUUUUAAGAAUAUAGAAUCUAUAAUGGUAAUAAUAAUUGGAUAACUGGAGUCUCUCUAGAUUCCAAUCUUGAAAUCACCCUUACCUGUAUACCAUUGCUCUCUUCAUGCUGUUUCUCAUUUUUGAUAUUUCCCAAGAUUCUCUGUGUGUGUGUGUUUACAUGUGUAUGUGUGGUGUGUGUGUAAAUAAGUGCCAAGCACAAAGCUCUUAGCCCUUGAAUCACUUUGUAACUUCCACUGAUUAAAAAUAAAAAAAAUAUACUUAA